AUGUCGCACGCCGAGCACUCCAACACCGACAACCCGCACCACGACCCAGCCCCCGCCGCACCGAAGGAGCACCUGCCCCCGCCCCCUCCUCCUCCUCACUCGCUCCCGACCCCGCCCAACACAGACACUCCAGCAGCAGCAACGACGAUGGAACAGCAGCAGCAGAACGGCCACUCUGCACUCGAACCCGCGCCCGCACCUCCCCCCGCCUCGCUCGACUCGCCCGCCGUCCCUCCUCCCCCUCCACCUGCCGUCCCUCUCCCGCCGCACCUCGGCCUCCCUGCCAAGCUCGAGCACACAGACAGCACAAGCAGCGUCGCAGCGCAGCCUCCCACGCCGAUGCACCAACCCGCUCAGCCCGCCCAGCCCAUCGAGAACGGUUCCUUGUCCUUCGAAGCGAUGGCCAACGGCGCACCGCACGAGCACGAGCACUCGCACGGGACGUUCAACGAGCAGGCUGAAGAGGCGGUCGAGCAUGCGCAUGCGCAUCCCGGGCUCGGGUCGAUCCAGCACGAGUGGGAGCAGCGACUUGCGGGCGCCUCGGGCUCGGGGGCAGACGGGACAGAGACGCCUCCUGCGGGAGUUGACGUCCUUGCGGAUGUUGCGAUGGGCGAGGCGGUUCUUGGGUUGGCGGAAUUCGCGGCUGGAGCGGGGUCGGGAGACGUGAAAGAGGGGUCGCCUGGCGUGUCGGUGCAGGCGGCGGAUGAUGGGCCGGCGAAUCCCGUCCCCCCGACGCAGGGAGGGACGCUGAAGCGUUCGUCGCCGGACCGUGACCGAGACGAGGCGGGCGAUGCGGCGGGAUUGCUGGGAUUCGCGCAGGGAGAGGUCGUGCAGGGAGGCGGAGACGAGCGCGAGGCGAAGCGGGUUAAGGUCGAGCCAGAGGUUUCCGACGCCUGUUGCGCCCGCCGUCCCUUCGCCUGCGCCUUACUCCCCCUCACCCCCUCACCCGCCGCUCCUCCCCCUCCCGCAGCGCCUUCCAUCGUCGAGCCAAUCGCCGCCUCGACUUCCGCAGCCGCAGCGCCCGACUCGUCCGUCCCCGCACCCGCCGCCUCUCCCGCCCCGAUCCCCGUCCAAGGCUACGACCCCUCAGCCUUCACCUCCGCUCCGACGCUCGCCUCGUCCGCCUCGCCUUACCCUCCCGCUCCCGCCUCUGCCCCGCCGAUGCCGACCAUGUCUCCGUCCGACUUGCAUACUUUCGCGGGCGGACCCGUACCGGGACCGUCGUCUGCUUCGCUCCCUCCUCCCUCGGCUGCUUCACCCUCCGUAUCCAUCGCAUCCCCCAAUCCCGCCAUGUUCGCCGCGUCGCCCGACGCGUUCCAGCAGCAGCCUCAACAGCCCGUCGCCUCGACCUCUGCCGCUCCCGCUCCCGCUGAAGACGCCGACGCCAACGCCUCUCCCGUCCCUCCGCCUCCCGAGCCCAUCGCCGUCAUGACGAAAGAGCAACAGAAGCACGCGAUCAACAUGGUUCGCAACCUCAAGCGCAACAAGAACGCGCCACCGUUCCUCAAACCCGUCGACGCAGUCGCGCUUCACAUCCCCGACUAUUACAAGAUCAUCCUCGAACCGAUGGAUCUGGGAACGAUCGAGGCGAGGUUGCAGGCGACGAGUAAGGCGAUGCAGGGUGCGAACAAGGCGGGGAGGACGUACGGGUUGGAUUAUUCCGAGGGCCGUGAUCCGAAUGCGCGAUGGGAGGGUCAGGUCCCCGAGGGCGAGGAACCGCAUACGUACAGGACCGUCGCCGAGUUCAAAUACGACCUCGACCUCGUGUGGAACAACUGUUUCCGGUACAACGGCCCGCGCGACAAGAAUCCGGUGUCGGCCAUGGCGGGCAACUUGAUGGAUGCGGCGGAGAAGGCGUAUAGGGCUAUGCCGUUCGCUCCGGCUGUUAGCCCCUACCCGCCGAAGGAACCGCCCAAGCCCGUCAUGCCCGCCUACCUCCCCCCUCCCCGACCCGCCGAAAACACCCGUCCAAAGCGCGAGAUCCACGCGCCCGCCAAGGACCUCCCGUACCUCGAGUCCGCAGGCGUCGACAUCACCGCCGGCGGGAUCUACAACCUCGCUGGCAUUCCCGGUCACGCCCCGCCGCCGAAGAAGGCCAAGAGCGCGCAGAAGAUUGCGCAGGAGCAGUUGAGGUUCUGUAAGGAGGUCGUCAAGGAGUUGUUCAAGAAGACGCACGAGUCGUAUGCGUUUCCGUUCUACCAGCCUGUCGACUUGAACGUCUACCCGCAGUACACGCAGUACGUUCAGACGCCGAUGGAUCUCUCGACGAUCCGGAGCAAGCUCGAGCACAACCAGUACCCGCUCCCGCCGUACCAAGCGUUCGAGCACGACGUCCGACUCAUCUUUGCCAACUGCUACGCGUUCAACCCGGCCGGCACAGCCGUCAACGACUGGGGCCACCGGCUCGAGGCCGUCUUCGAGACCAAGUGGGCGGAGCGGCCGAUGGCGUACGAGGACGACUCGGAGGACGAGGACGAGAGCUUCUCGUUCAUGGAGCAGCAGCUCAUCGUCAUGCAGCAGAACCUCGAGCUCAUGCGCCAGAACAAGAAGGCCCAGAAGGAGGCCAAGCGCCUCCAGCACAUGCAGGCGCAGGUCCGCAUGCCUCACGUCGUCGCGCCUCUCCCGCCUCCGCCCGCGCCGAAGCCCAAGAAGCCCUCGCAGCAGCAGCAGAUGUACUCGGCCUACGCCAAUUCGCCGUACGGCGCGCCGCAGGCCGUCCCGCGUCCGAAGAAGCCGUCGGGCGCGCGGACGAGCAGCGGCGGGAUGGGCGGGAUGGGCGGCGGAGGACAGCGCAAGCCGAAGCGCCCGAAGCACGACGACGACUCGGACGACUACUACGAGGACGACGGCGGAGCGUACUACGGCGGCGGCGGGUCGUCGUCGUCGAGGCGGCGCUCGACGCACCAUGCCGCGCAUGCCGAGCCGAUGAUGGAGGAGUAUGUCGACUUUGACAUGAAGCGCGAGCUGGCGGUCAAGAUCGUCGCGUUCGAGGGCGACCAGCUCGAGGAGGCGAUCAACAUCAUCCGUCGCGGCAGGCCCGACCUCCUCGGCGCCGCGAACCAGGAGAUCGAGCUCGACAUCGACCAGCUCGAUCAGGCGACCCUCCUCAACCUCUACCGCUACGUCUGCCCCGGCUCACAGCCUGCCACUCGCCCCAUCCAGGCGCCUCAGCGCGCCGGGUCGUCCAAGCCCGCCAAGAGUGGGAACCGCAACGCCCGCAAGAACCUCGACGAGGACCUCGAGUCGCAGCGCAUCGAGGCGCUCGAGGCCCAGCUCAGGCAGUUCGACCAGCCUGCCGAGUCGAGCGACGCUGGUGCGGUUCCGCAGGAGGGCGGAGGCGGCGGCGCGGCGCACGGUGAGGGCGACCAGGCUAGCAGCGACAGCUCGGACGACGACAGCGACUCGGACUCGGACAUGGAGUGA